AUGAAGCAUAAAAUCAAGGUGUUAAAAUCUUUAAUUGAGGCCGCAGUCAUCAGUGGUGAUAAUGCAGGAAUCAAGCUUUCUGCAUCUUUUGGUUCCAUUCUUGAUGUUAUAUCAUUGCAUCCAUCAGCUCGAAAGAGUGGGAAGAACUUCAUUUCAAAAAAAGCAUCAAUUCACAAUAUCACAGCAUAG